CAAUGCAUUUUCUAGUUUAUUUACCAGUAUUUAUUCCAUUGAUAGGUGCUCUUGUACCAGUGCAGAACAUAGAAGAUGCUCUUAUUCCUUUCAUUGUGCACGAGAUUGAGGAUUUGAAAAGUCUUGUCGGAGAUUUAAAGUCGAAACUUGAAUCCGCAAAGAAGAAGGACAAUGACUUUGUUGAAGGAUUGACAACUGCCGAGAAAAAUAUCAAACAACUUACAGAUAGACGUGACGUCCAAAGAAGAGCUUUUUCCGAAGCCCAGGUUGCAUUCUAUGCAAAACUGUCUGCCAGUUUACAUGGAUUGAGUCCUCACCAAACCAUAAUAUUCGAUGCUCUUGUAACAACAACACAGACAUCCCUUUAUGAUACGACAACUGGUAUUUUUACCGCUCCAGUUUCCGGCAUGUACGUCAUUUCCUGGACAGCUAACGUCGACCACCAGGAGUCCCAGGCAACAGAGUUAAUGAUCAAUGGUAGAUCUAAAGCUUGGUCUUUUGCUGACACAGCCGGUAGUGAAGACAGAGACUAUGGAAGUGCCUCUCAGACCGUUGUCUUGCAGGUAAAUAAAGGCGAAAAUGUUUGGGUUCGAACUGGUACCAAUGGAAAAGGCGAUGUCAGUGGUAAUGAUUACAGUACAUUCUCAGCAUUUUUACUCUUCCCUCAUUCUUUGUAGAUACUUCUUCGAAAGUCGUCUUUUUUGUGUAAAAUAAAAUUAGAAAAAUAAA